UAGGUAGAUCAGUUACGAAAACGCCCUCGUACACUUCAAAAUGUUUCGAUGUUCUGCCGCGCUGGGACCCACUAGAGUAGCCUAUCAAAGGCUUAAUUUUUAAUUUACAAUAAACCUUUUUCAACACAAAAACCCGUAUUAUUCCAACAUGCUAUUUAGUCUUAAUAUUGAAUGUCUUAACCACUACCUACUAUUGUUUACUGUGCGAUUGUAUAUUUCUGGUGUACAAAGUUCGAUCGAUCACACGACAUAACUAAAGUUGUAGGAACCAACACACUAGAGACUAGAAGUUCUGCAAUACAACAUGAAUUUUGAAAAUAACUUCCAAAGUGUUGACGUCUAUAAAAACGAUAUCUCCGUUACUAGAAUAAUCGCCGAAAAAAUUCUCCAACGAAAAAGUACGGCUCCAUUUUAUGUUUGUGAUCUUCGCGAAAUAUUUGAAAAACAUUCAUUAUGGACUCGAUCAUUACCGCGAGUGAAACCUUUCUUCGCCGUCAAAGCGAAUAAUUGCGCAAAUGUUCUUAAGAUGUUAGCCGAUGUUGGUGUUAAUUUCGAUUGCGCUUCAAAAAAUGAAAUUGACCAAAUACUGUCGCUUGGAGUGCAUCCUGAAAGAAUUAUUUACGCGCAUCCAGUUAAACCACCUAACUCGAUAGAAUAUGCGAAGGAAGUUGGUGUUAAGCUAAUCACAUUUGACAAUGCAGAGGAGUUGAGCAAGAUGAAAAAAUUGUAUUCCGACGUUAGGGCCGUUUUAAGAAUAAGAAGUGAUGCAAAAGAAUCAAUUCUAAGUUAUGGAUCAAAAUUUGGAUGCAACAGUGAUAACGAAGCAGCUCGCUUAAUUCAGUUAGCACGAACCCUUGACGUAGAUCUUGUUGGUGUUAGUUUCCACGUCGGUACUGAAUGCCACGACUUAGAAGCGUUUUCCAACGCCAUUCAGAAAGCGCACGCUGUGUUUAGUAUGGCAAAACUUCAGGGGUUUAAUCCUAACGUAUUAGAUAUAGGUGGCGGAUUUACUGGUGUAAAUGAUCAGUGGUUUAAAAAGAUUGCGCAGACAAUUAAUAACGCGCUUGAAUUGUACUUUCCCAAUGAAUCGAUGGAAAUAAUUGCGGAGCCUGGAUCGUUUUUUGUAAAUUCCUCUUUCACUUUAGCAUGCAAUGUGUUGUCAAAAAAACUGGAGAUGAAUAAGAAAUUGACUUACUACAUAAAUGAUGGGAUACAUGGUAGCUUUCGUAGAGAUUAUUGUUUUAACGUACCAGUUACGGUGUAUCCUUUAAAAAAAUAUUACAAAAGAAAACUAUACAAAAGUAUUAUCUAUGGAAGUUCAUCUGCAAUUCCCGAUGUAUUAACUAGUGAUGCUUUACUGCCCGUAUUGGAGAUCGGGGAUUGGUUAUUAUUUUUAAACAUGGGAGCAUAUUGUACAAGCCUAUGUACUUUUUACGAUGGAUUUUCAGGACCCGAUGUUUGUUACGUUGUUAAUCCAGACAACUGUUCGCAGCUAUCGUUUACCUUGCAGUGGCCAACUAUUAACGAAAAGGAACUACCUAUUAAUGACUUAAAUACCAAUAAGAAGUUUAUUUCAACUUUUGAUGUCGAUAAAGUUUCUGUUGGUAUUUUCUUACUAAACUAGUUAUAAGUAACUAAUUAUUUACUGCAUUUUGUGCUCCAUAGAAAUAUAAGACUUUUUCCUUAGAAUUAAUUCUGAACUUUAUGAUGGAGGUGUGCACCUUGGGAGUAGUCAAAGCACUGUUUUGCAACAAUUGGCUCCACUUCGACUCACUAUACUGUAGCGAACACAUGAAAGGGACAAUGAGGAAGUACUUGUCAAAAGUUGUGUCCAACCACUAGCGUGAUUAGGAUCGAUAUCUGCAUUUGUUCCUGAGAACGAACUCAGGAACGAACCGUUUUGCCGUGCAGGAAGCUACAGGAGGGAGCC